AUGUCAAAUAUAACAGGCGAUGGUGGGAGCUUUUCAUCUGAGAACCACACAGGAGAGGAAGUCCAGCAGAGCCAGCAGCAGCUUCCAUUGCAUGGAACCAUCACUGCCACAACCAAUGGCAAUGGCUCUCAGCCAGCACCGUCGCCGCUGGUCAAGAAGAAACGGAACCACCCCGGGACACCAGACCCUACAGCAGAAGUGAUUGCUCUAUCGCCAGCAACCUUAUUGGCAAAAAACCGCUUUCUGUGCGAGAUAUGCAACAAGGGCUUCCAGAGGGACCAAAACCUCCAAUUGCACCGCAGAGGCCACAACCUCCCAUGGAAGUUAAGGCAGCGGACAAGCACGGAGGUUCGCAAGAAGGUGUACGUUUGCCCUGAGACCACAUGCGUGCACCACAACCCGAGCCGAGCUCUGGGGGAUCUCACCGGGAUCAAGAAGCACUUCUGCCGUAAGCACGGGGAGAAGAAGUGGAAGUGUGACAAGUGCUCAAAGAAGUAUGCAGUGCUGUCUGACUGGAAGGCCCAUGUCAAGAUCUGUGGCACCAGGGAGUACAAGUGUGACUGUGGUACCAUCUUCUCCAGGUUCACUUCUUCUGCUGAGCUUAUACUAGAUUCAACUUCUAAUGUCCACAAUUAA